AUGUUCGCGAGACUUUACGCUUCCCUGCUGCUCUUCUUGCCUAUACCAAUAAUUGCACAAUCUACUACAUCAUCAACACCUACAGUAGUCUGUAUUCCAGGCCAAUGCCUCCAAGGUUAUUCCAACACGACAAUCGGCGCCGACAUAACCGCGCCGGGCCUCUCAAGUCCAAUCCAUCUCCUUCCUGGCGUCUAUACGUCCACGACAAACCCACAACUCCUCCAUGUCGCCCUCACAAGCUCAUCAUCAUCCCUGAAGUCGUCAUCCGGCUUCACCAACUCCUCAUCAAUAUCACUGCCACUCAACCUUGUUCUCGAAUCCGGCCUCUCAAUUUACUCUGGAUCUCUCUACUCUGGCCAAUCUGCAUUCCAACCACUCCCUAACCAACCCAUCGUGAAUGCGUCAACACCCUUGACAGCGAAGUCGCUAGCGGUUUCGUCGAAUGUUUGGAUAGCUCUCAGCAGUGGUUCUGCCAACAACCGCGUCAUUGUCUGGGACGCCAUUCCUGAUGUUGGCCAAUUGCCAUUCAGCAAUCAAGGAUCCCUAUCUCUCACCGACAUCCAAUCGACUGCCUGCACCCCAGGCUGCGCUGCGUCGGGAGUCUGUACCUCAGCCGGGACUUGCCAAUGCGCAGCUGGAUUCUCAGGUGUCUCAUGCGAGUCCUGUGCUCCUGGUUUCUUUGGUCCUCAAUGCCAGGCAUGCCCGUCGAAUUGCAAGACUUGCGAUGAGGGCAUCACAGGAACAGGUCGUUGUAUCUUGCCUGAAGUUGCCAACGCGCCUGCCACCUGCAACUGCGAGAACGGCGUUUGUGGCACUAACGGCCAAUGCCCCUGCAACCCUGGUUUCACCACUGGUGACAACGGUACCCUGUGCUCCAAGUGCUCGCCAGGCUUCUUCCUUACAUCUGGCGGAGAUUGCCAAGUCUGCAAAAUUGGGUGCACCCAAUGCUCAGAUGGGAGUGGCGAAUGCACGAGUUGCAAGUCUGGAUUCACGCUCAAUACCAACGACAGAACGCAGUGCAACCCCAUCCAACAAGCCACCACCUCCGGCCAGGUCUGUCCUGAAGGAAGUUUCUCCAACGGCGGCUCUUGUUCUCCCUGCUCCUCAGUAUGCCAAUCAUGUACUGGAGGAAGUUCGAACGACUGCGUCGUCUGCGCCCCGAACCUUUUCACGCUCAACGGGGCUUGCGUUCCUGCCAACUCCGAUGGCAUAUGUCAAGGUGUGGAUCUCAUCGCUGACAAUAACAAGCGUGAAUGCGAUACCUGCGGCGCCAAAUGCACGAAGUGCAGGAUUCCCAACUUUAGCGUUGCAUCUACUGUCGACCAGAAGCAAUGCACCGAAUGCUUGCCGGGCUUCUUCCUCAACAAUGGCGCCUGCGUCGAGACCUGCCCGUCCGGAACAACUGUCUCCUCCCAGGAUGACAAGACUUGCAUUCCUUGCAACUCUUCCUGCUCCUCUUGUGCCGGAACUUCAACGUUUUGCCUGACCUGCUCGAACAACCAACUUGCCUCCAACGGCCGAUGCGUCGCGACUUGUCCCUCCGGCACCUUCUCAGCCUCUGGUGCCUGUCUUACCUGUAAUCCCGACUGCGCCAGCUGCACUGGAGGCAACUUCAACCAAUGCUCCAGCUGCCCGUCUAGUCGCCCUGUCCUGACGAACGGCCGCUGUCUUCCGACCUGCGCCAAGAACCAGUACUUCGACAACACGUCGGGCACCUGCCAGACCUGCGACUCGACCUGCUCAAGUUGUUCAGGACCGGGCUCAGGCAACUGCCUCGCGUGCUCAAGCUCAACUCAAGUCCUUCGCAGCGGCACCUGCGUCGCGGCGAACUGCGAAACAAGCUCAAAUGUCGUCGCUGGGCUGGGCGCCUGUCUCUCGGAACUGGUCACAACGACAACUACGGGUACGGCACCACCUCUCCCUACCGUGACAGGCCUCGAAACCCCAACCGUCGUCGGCGGUCCACGAAGGCUUGAAUGGUGGCAGAUCCUGCUUAUGGCUCUUGGUUGCGCCUUCAUCUUCCUCGCGUUCAUCUGGUGCUGCAGGCGCCGACAGCGAAAGCAGCGUGCGAAGAAGACAGAGCUGUUCGCACAGGGCCCAGUCACCCGCGGGCGAACGAGCUGGCGCUGGCGACUCAUCCGCUGGGGCGAGAAGCUCUUCGGGCACACCAGGAGCCGGCGGGUCACCGUCCGCGGCGCCCCCAUCGUCCACCUCGGGCCUGCACAAGAGCCAGAGGAGGUCAAACUGCGCAAGCUCCGCGCCGCAGAGGAGGCGCGGUCUCCUAUGGCUACACCUCCGCCUGUGCCCGCGCGGCGGCUGGAUGCAUAUGAGGUGGACGCGGAGGACGAGGACAUGGUGCGCCUGAUCGGGUCGUACAACUGCCCCGUGUCGCCACCCGAGCCGACGCGGUACAAUGCUCAGCACACGCGCUUCACGCCUGCUGACCAGCGCCGCGGCCUGAAGGAGGAUGAUUAUGACAGGCGCUCGUUGAGCGACGCGAGCAGCAGGAUGUCGGCGCCGUCGAUCUACUCGCAGAUGACGGGCAUGCCGAGGCGGGCGCCAGACGCGAGGCAGCCGGCGAAGAGGGAUCUCUUGACGUCGAGGUUCUCGCAGAGCACUUUGGGAGUGGAGGAAGACAGCAAGACGAAGAACCCAUUCCGGAAAUGA